AUGGCAUACGGGGAGGCAGGCAGCUUGUUAGCAUAUUUUCAACAAGAAUCUCUAGAAAAUCCAUCAUUCAGUCAUGCUAUUCAAUUAGAUUUGGAAGAACAAAUAACGAAUAUUUUUUGGGCUGAUGCAAAAAUGAUCAUGGAUUAUGAAUAUUUUGGUGAUGUGGUUACUCUUGACACUACAUAUAGUACUAAUAAUGCUUGUAGGCCUUUGGCUGUAUUUGCAGGAUUUAAUCACUUUAGAGGGGUAGUGAUAUUUGGAGCUGCACUUCUUUAUGACGAGAGUUCAGAGUCAUUUGAAUGGCUGUUUAGAGAGUUUUUGAAGACACACAAAAACAAGAAGCCUCGAACUAUUUUCACAGAUCAAGCUGCUGCAAUGGCUAAUGGUUUGGCUAAGGUAAUGCCUGAAACAUAUCAUGCUUUAUGUUCUUGGCAUUUGAUGCAAAAUGGCAUAAAACAUCUUGGUAAUUUGAUGAAGAAUGGUUCUUAUUUUCUGCAAGACUUUAAAGCAUGUAUGUAUGAAUAUGUAGAUGAAACUAAUUUCAAAGAAGCAUGGGAUAAAUUAUUAGAUGACUAUGAUCUUAAGAAGAAUAAGUGGUUGAUGAACUUGUAUAAAUUAAAGGAGAAGUGGGCAAGAUGCUAUAUGAACAAUGCAUUUACUAUUGGCAUGCGAAGUACACAGCUUAGUGAAAGUUUGAAUGCUGAUCUCAAAAAUUGUAUGAAACCAAACCUAAACAUCAUUCAAUUUUUCAAUCACUUUGAAAGAGUUGUCAAUGAUAAGAGAUACAAUGAGCUACAAGGAGAAUUUCAAUCCAGACAGAAGUUACCCAGGUUGAAGAUGGUAAGUUCACCACUAUUGCAACAAGUUUCUGAAGUAUAUACCUUGCCAUUGUUUGAUCUUUUUCAAGAGGAGUAUGACAAAUAUUCUGCAGCUUACAUAAGAGAAGUAAAUGAUAGAGGCUUUGUUUAUGAAUAUGUGGUUGCAUUGUUCAAUGAGAAUAAAGAGUUUAAAGUCAUUAAGCUUAAUGGUUCAAUAUCUCAAUUAGAUGAGUGUGGUUUUAAUAGGCUAUUAAUGAAUCUUGGAUGCAUACUAACAGAGCUUUUUGAUGCCAAAUAUGCCAAAUAUGUGUGGAUUACUGUUGAUCUUGGAAGAUAUUUGACUGAAUUAUUGAAAUAG